GUGUGUGUGUAUGUGUGUGUGUGUGCAUGUGUGUGUGUGUGUGUGUGUGUGCGUGUGUGUGUGUUUGUAUUUUUCAGGUGUUCUGAGCCAGAGGGGAUGGGGAGUGACUUACACCCCUGAGAGAAUCUGUGCCUUAAAGGGGUCUUCAGUAGACAUGAGCUGCACUUACUCAUAUCCCACAUCUCACACAGUGCAGAAAACUUUCUGGUUUAUUCACUGGAACAAGCCACAGGAGCCUGAGGACCUGUCCCAGGACCCAGAGUACUCUCACCGUGUGGAGUACCUGGGGAAUCAGAACAGUGACUGCACUAUCAGAAUAAACCAACUGAGUGAAACUGAUUCAGGAACAUACCGAUUCAGGUUCCUGACUGACCUGACUGAUGUUGAAAAUUCUACUGGAGAACCUCGUGUCAUAUUAGCAGUUACAGAUCUACAGGUGAUGGUGAAUCCUGGCACAGUGACAGAGGGACAGAGUGUGAGACUGACCUGUAGCACCACCUGCACUCUGACUGGCAGCCCAGCCUUCAUCUGGUACAGGGACGGAUCUCCUCUGUCCUUCAUUGAUCAGAGUCACCAGUUCACAGCCAGCAGUGAAGAUGCAGGCAGAUACACCUGUGCUGUGAAAGGCUAUGAGCUUCGGUCCCCUGCAGUGGCUCUUAAUGUGAGAUAUCGUCACACGAGCAUCUCAGUAUCAGUGAGCCCCUCUGGUGAAAUAGUGGAGGGCAGUUCAGUGACUCUGACCUGCAGCAGCGAUGCCAACCCACCAGUGCAGAGAUACACCUGGUAUAAGAAUGAUAGAGCUUUAUCCUCACUGAGAGCAUUAAAACGGAGUUAUACCAUUAAUAAAAUCAAAUCCGGGGAUGCAGGAGAAUACUAUUGUGAGGCAGAGAAUGCGAUUGGGACAGACAGAUCUCCUCAUAUAAAUCUCAAAGUGCUGUAUCGUCCUAAGAACACCGCAGUAUCAGUGAGCCCCUCUGGUGAGAUAGUGGAGGGCAGUUCAGUGACUCUGACCUGCAGCAGCGAUGCCAACCCACCAGUGCAGAACUACACCUGCAGAGGUGCAGCAGCAGAGAGCUCCUCCCAGCAGCAGAGGUGCAACAGCAGAGCAGAGAGCUGCCCCCAGCAGCAGAGGUGCAGCAGCAACAGGGCGGCGGCAGCAGGAAAGCAGCAGGCUGAGGCCUACUCUCCAUCGCCACAGGGAACUGUGGUAAUGAGAAGGCCAAGGCCAUUUUCUCUAGCGGCUGAAGCAAUCCAGACUGAUCCACUGGAGAAGCCUGGCUUCAGCUGCCUUCCAAUCCACAAAGCUCUGAAACUCUUAACUUCUUUCGGGACUUCUAUCGAGAAGCAGAAGCAGGAGCCACACAGAUUUGAGGCCUUGGCCUCGGCCUCAAAUCUGCCUACAACGCGGAGCUACUCUACUGGCGUGACCCUCAACGCCCACAAUCCAAACCUCAAACUGCCACAUAUCGUGAUGUCCUGA